AUGUCGGGAAGAGAAAAUGGGGACAAAGGUUUGUGGAAAGGCGGAGCUAAGCGGCACAAAAAGGUGCUGCGCGACAACAUCCAGUGUAUCGCGAAGCCGACCAUCCCCUGGCCCUCGCUGCGUAACCACCGAUUGGGAUUGAAAGAAGAAGCUAGGAUUUCCAGAUCUGAGUACUAUGCUGAAUGGGGCCAUCGAGUUUCAGAAACUUCAAUUCUUCCGGCUGCUAGACCGAAAAGGGAAGGGAGGCGAAGUAUGUGCAGCAGCUCUGUUGCGUGUGCGGCGGCGAAAGGAAGGGAGUCAGCCACGGCGGCGAUCGAGAAGGAAGUCAGAAUCUUCGCCACUCGUUGA